UUUCCGCCUCCCUUCAAAGUCUUACUGGCAUUCUCAAUUUCAAAUCCAAAUAGCCAAAUUUCUGGUACUUUUAGUAGAUCCUGAGCAAACAACUUUCUCCAAGAUUAAAUCAUAUCACCUUUGAGUCCGGGAAACUUAGCCAGCCUGCGAUUCUGUUUAAGGAUUGUGUCCAGCUUGCGAUUCUGCUCUCUUAACAUAUCAGUCUGAGUGCUGAGAGCUCCAAAGAUCCCUUCAAACAUCCCAGGCAGCUUUGGAGGGCUUUGAACUGCUGCCAAUGUUUUACGAAUCUUUCGAUAAGCCAAGUAACCGCCAACUCCAAAAAGCAGAAAUCCUGUUAUCAGAAAUCCAAUUAUGUACAAAUCUUCCACGUCCUCGACUGACAUUGUUGUCAGAUACACAAUCUGCCACUGCUGCCACGAGUCCUUUGUGUAUCCGAAGAAGAAUGUCCUGUCUGGACAAGAGGGUUCCCCUUUACCCUGUCUUCCCGUCGAGAAAAUUUGAUUGAAUGCGUUGAGAGACCAGCUGACCAAAUCCAUAAUGAACAAAUUAGGAGUAUAUGCAAACAGAGGCUCUAAGAAAAACAUAGACAAAAAGCUGAAGCAGGGCAAAAAAUGGGGGAGGAUCAAGGAGAGAGUGGAAAAGCAUCUGACCCCGCCGAGAGCAGAAGAGAAAAUGUCGCAGUUGUCCAUGUUCUAUCACACUGUUUCCUUCCACUUAACUUUCCUUCCAUUUAAUGGAAUACAGGACCCUGUGAUAUCCUGACGUAUCCCUGGGCGUUAGUGACUGUUGGAGUACCAUCAACUCAACCCCAUGAUUGUUUCUGGGCCUAACAUGACCAUAAGGUAUUUUAAAAAUCCUUUCUUAUUUCUGUUUUUUUAUAUUCAGAUUUUCAGAGAAAAUUACUAAAAUAAAUUAACUUUUUAAUGAUAUUUUAAUCUGCUGAGAUGCACCUCAGAAUACCACUUAAUUGGCCCUGAAUCCCUGAACAACUUGAAUCCCUGAACAACUUGCUUAAUAAUGCACAGAUUAAAGUAUGAAAGUCAAAGUUUGGUUUUACAAAAGAAGCAACAGGCCCUCCAGUAUGGAGUAUGGAGCUAAAUUGGGGCCAUAACGUUUGUUCAAACGAAAAAAAUUUGAACCUGAACAAUAGAAGUUUGUUGCCCCGUAUGCCAGUUUGCCCCUGGCUGUGAGUCAUUUCACUACAUGUAGACCAAACACAUUUUAAUGAAAAAUGCACCAGAAACCAAAACCCGAGUCCAGUCCAUGUGAAAACAGGUCCAGGCGUAAUUAUGCAAAGAUAUUCGGAAAAUACUGGCUCGUUUUGUAUCUGGUUUCAUUCGCUUAGUCUGGCGGUUCGUUUGCUUUAUGUUGAGGGCAUGGGAAAUCUCCAACAUGGACUUAAAAUGCUGUGGAAAUCUGUCAAGAUCAUAUUUUCUCCUCUGAGAAAGCUGCUUCUAUUGGUGAAGCAUGUGAUCUUUCAAAACCAAUCACAUAUGUAUAGAAUAUUGAUGAUGUAUUACAAAUAAUUCCAGUUCCCACGGUCCCUGAAUGCAACAGCUGGGAAUAUGUUGUUCAGCCCUGUGUUGAGCUGUCAGUCGUGUUUCCGCAUGGUCUUUACUGAGGCCCCGCCCCCCACGCCAAAACAGGGCCAGAAGUUUGAAGCCAAAAAAAAAAUCUGCAAAUUUGAAAAAAAAAACUUGAAUCUGAAAAGUAGUUUUUAACUUUUUUUUUCCAGUCUCAGAUGUUUGGUUUUUUUUGAGUUGCAAAAAUUCUAUUUCCAAUUUUUUGGGGGGAGGUUCAAAAUAAUUUUUCAGGUUCAAAUGUUUUUCUUUUGAACAAACAUUAUGGCCCCAAUUUAGCUCCAUACUCCAGGGACCUCCAGAAACUGAAUGAUGAGCCAGAGAGGUGACUGAAACACCUCCUCCAUUCAGCAGCUGAGCUUCUCCUGCCUCUGCUGUCACAGUUAUCUCCAGUGUCAGAAUAAAAGGGUCUUAAAGACAUAAUAAUGUGCGCAGGGGCCAUCUGUCAGCCCACCGGGGGCCGCCGCCGCUGCCGCUGGGGAGUGGGACGUGUGCUCCGCGCUGCGGCGUGGCCCUUUAAGAAACUCCAUGUUUUCGCUUCUUGAUGCGUCAACAUAAAAAACGGAUGAUGCCGUUAUGUAAAACAUGCCAAAGUCAGCCGGAGUUUGCAGGAUCUGGGCUCAGGGCCUCGGCUGCUUUUUAAACUCAUCUGGUGCAGUUUGAAGCGUCGCGGGUGGAUGUUUUGCCCCCACGCAGCGGGAGUUCGGAGUGGGAAAGGAAAUAAAACACGCAGCUUCAGAUCAGCUCAACAUGAGUCGCCCUCCGCUCGGUUUUCCACCUUCAUUUGUGGAAAGCUCAUACACCUGACGCAUCUCUGUCUCCUUCCUCUGGAACCGAACCUGGGUUUAUUUUAAAGGAUCAAUCCGCUCCGUUCCUUCGUGUUCCGGGGCUGAUUCCAGUCUGCGAAGCGAUUAAUGACGACUUGAAACACCUCUGUUGUAGGACCUGUGGAUGACGAGAUUUCGGCACAUCUGCUCACUGAUGCUGAUACCAUGGUGAAAGCUCAACAGAGCCAGUUGGCAAAAUGUAGGAAGCUCCAGAACAAGAAUGCAUGCAAGAAAAAGGGAGAACUUAAACCGAAAGGAAACGUGGGAAAAAAUGAGCUUCGUGAAAAACAAAAGAGAGACAUAAAAGGUUCCUGUCACAGGAAGACGACUGCAGCAACAGGUAAUGAUGAUGCAUUAGCCUGCUGCGUUGUGCUGACUCGUCUGGAUGAGAAAGGAGUCGUCGGUAAGGAAAAGAAUGCAAAAUCUAAGAUGCAAAAGAGUGCUAAAGUCAAAAAGAAAGAACGCUCUGUUCCAAGAUCAACUAAAUAUCGGGAACCAAAAACCAACCAAGCAGACGCCUUACUCAUGUUAACUUCCCCCGUUGUCGAGCCUCGCAGGAGAAGAAUGGCUUCUCUCAAUGCUGAGGCCGUCAACAGUUUGCUGCUCUACAGAGACAGUUCGAUGAUGACAAAUCUCACAAAGAAAUUGCAACCUUCAGGUGAAGACGCUUUAGAAACAUUUGUUUCUAAAGCCAAAAAUGUUUCUGCAGGAGGAAAAAGAGCCAAAAAACAGAAGCGGUCAUCAGGUCAGGCGGAGAGCAUUGACUGGUUGAGUUUGUUUGCUCCAACGCCGCGACGUCAGGCAAGUCUCACAGCUGAAACACUGCUCAAACUCACCAGCACCCAGUACAAAACCAAACGACAGAAGAAGACAGAGUGCAAGCCGGAGGUGAGGAAUGAACCAACAGAGUCCACUCAGAACAGCUCAAACACUGACCCUGUCUGUGAAGGAACCACACAGACCAAAAAAAGAAGACCACGCGCAAAAUUAGAAGAGCUUAAGCACAGAAAACAGGGCACAGAAUUUCCAGCACAUCCCAAGCUGAGCUCUGCUCCUCAGGGCUGCUGCAGUCUUUGUCAGACAGAGAGGGAGAGUACCACAGGGGGCCAGGACUGUGUCAGACAUGCCUUCCAAUGUGGUUCCUCAUCAGGUUUCCCCUUAAACACAAUCAAAGAGGAGCAGAUGCAGGCAGAAGUAACUUCCUGCUUUUGCUGCUCCCAAGAGAGAUGUGUCGAGUACUGUCACAGACUGGCUCUCUUCCUGGAGGACAAAACCUUUAAGGAACCAGAGGACAGCUCACUGUCUGAAGUGUUCCACCACCACCACCACCAUCAUCACCACCACCACCACCACCACCACCACCUUCAAACGCCCCAUUCUGUAGCCCACCCAGCAGCCAUAACCAUAAGUCCACACACAUACACAUGUUUCCCGGGCUACUACGUCCACUUCAGCCAUCCAGACAGCUCGCCUUCUCCAAUACCGCCCCUCUCUUUAUGCCCGAGGAGCAGCAAGAGGCCAAAGCUGAACCCCAGCACAGGUCCGCAACCCUCAGGGAUCAGACGUCCAGUUUACUGCUGCACUUCAGUGGAGGCGUGCUACGGAGAGCCCUGCAGAAUCAAUGGCUACUCCUAUUCCAGUGUGAUUCCUGCUAUCACCAGAGGAGGGUGUCCCUUCAGCCCCAAAGACUGCAGCAAAUGUAACCAAGGCAUCAAAAGAGAAGAAUACUCCUCAAGCCUCGGUGAUCGCCACAGCCCAUCCUCCAUCCCUGCUUGUCCCAGCCCCAGAGUACUGACUGGCUGGCCCAUUCCCACUGUGCCUCCAGCCGGCCAAUCGGUGCCCCACGUCCAGACUCCCCUGUCCGACCCCAGCCAACCCCAGCCCCCGCUGCAGGUGGCAAAGGAGUGUCCACAGAGUGCCAAGCCGCCCAGCGGCUCGAGGUCCGGAGCCCGCGGGGGCCUGGCCGUCUCUCCUCUGAGCCGGGACAAGAACCAGAGACUUGGCUCCGUCUCUGUUGGGGGGCAUACGGUUCCCAAGCAGAAGAACAGCCAGCAAAAAUCUACCAACGGCUGGAGGUCGCUGGGCCUGCCCUUCGAGAAGGAGGUUUUUGUUGUUGGAGAGGAGACUCCGGUGCUGAGGAAGUGUUUUGAGGGAAUCCGCAGGGACAGGGACGUGAUUCGCGUCAGAGACACUGUUCUGCUGAAGUCUGGGCCCAGAAAGAAGUCUCUGCCUUACGUGGCCAAGGUGUCUGCCCUGUGGGAGGAGCCAGAGUCAGGAGAGCUGAUGAUGAGUUUGUUUUGGUAUUACCGUCCAGAACACACGCAGGGAGGGCGCAACCCCACCAUGCAUUGUGAGAAUGAGAUCUUUGCAUCCCGUCACCAGGAUGUCAACAGUGUGGCCUGUAUUGAAGACAAAUGCUAUGUCCUAACGUUGGCACAGUAUUGUCGAUUUUGUGCCUUGGUAAAGCGCCACAGGGAGAGUGUACGCGACAGCGCCGUCUCCCUCGUGGUGCCCCCCGUUCUUAGCAACUCCAUGCCCACCCACCACUGUGUGCCCGAUGAUGUCGACCCAGAGCUGGUGCUGUUCUGUCGACACGUCUACGACUUCCGCUACGGACGCCUCCUGAAGAACCUGCAGUAGUAUGUGAGACUUUCUGCUGCACAGGAGCAGAUCGUUUAACCUUACUGUCAUCCUCCAUGGGUUUUAAUCCACUACUUGCAGCCUCAUGCAAAGAAUUUAAUUAGCUUUGAACUGUUUGUUUAAACACAAUACAUUUGUUCGGCAGUCAUCUGGCAUGAUGCAUCAGAGUUGUGUGGCAGUGUGAAUGGCCUGUGUUGAUGUAGCAGCUGUCAGAAGAACAUGGAAGUUACUCUGCUGUAAAAAAAACGCUACUGUAGCUCUUAGAAAUGUGACAUUUGACAGAUCUGCAGCUGAUGUUUUAUGUGAAUGACACUGCUGUCUGCCUGACAGAUAUCAGAUACAUAAAGUGCUUCAAUGAUCUGCUCAUAGCUAAUGAAAACCUAUGGUAUAUCGUCGUUGAUGUAAGAAGUGGCUGAUGAUUUGACCACAUCUCUUCUAAUUUCCCUCUGAUUUAAAUAUGCUAAAUAUCUCAUCGCUGCACAUAGAGUCUUAGAGUACAUUUUACUGGUUGUAGGGCCUUGUCUUAAACAUGUAGUUUGAAUAAAAGCUAAUAAUUGAGCUUGAAACUGCUAACAGCCAACUUGAAAUGUUUUAGGAGAUUUAUAAGUCUUCUACCCAGGAAUGCACUUACUGGAGUCAGACGUCAAAGCAGAGAUGUUCUUAACUCAGGAUGCAUCCACAAGAACAGUUUCAUUUUUAAUACGUCAGGCUUUUUGCUGCUUUAGCAUCUCCCGGCUGCACUAAGGCAUAUGUUAGGACCCCUGAAAUCAAUUUACUGAGAAAAUCUUGAUGAGAGACACUUUUGAAAGCCACGACAGAGAUUAACAGCACAAAAAAUCAAUGAUUUAACCACCAUAACAACUGUACAUCAGACAAACCUGCCAGCUCUUUUUACUGAAGCCAUUUGCAUUAGCCCGAUAAUAAAUCUCUCGAUAUAAAAAAGUGUCAGCAAACCAACUAUUUUUUUGUCCACUGAUCAACUAAUUUUUUAAUAAAUCUGAAAGACAAGUUUUCGCCUCUCACUCAAUGACCACUGGAGGCACCAGCUCCCAGACGUCCAUGGGUGGAUGGACUAAUUUUCCUCUCAAAAACCUAUUAUUUUAUCUUAUUUUAUUUUAUUAGCUAUUUUUUACUAUAAACGUUUGAAUACCACAAAAUAUAUAAGCAAAGAUUAGCAAUUGAAAGUGUGACAUUUUUGUAUGAUGUGCCAGCUCCAGCGUAAAGCCCUUAUUGUUUAUAUAUUUACAGUUCAACAAGCCUGAGUAUUUAGGAUGUCAAACACGAUGAGACUGAAUGAAAGAAAAAAAAGAAAUAAAUGUUAAACUCCAAACAAUAAAGAAUACGUUUCUAUUAAACCCUGUAUUUAAAAUGUAAUAAUGUAGACUGAAAUAACUUUUAUUUAAUAAAUGUAUUUAUUUUUACGAGUCCUUCUGGUUUAAAUUAGAUUUAUUUAGAUAUUAGCAUCAUUUAUCUAAAAUAUUUAGCUAAAAUGCAGCUGCACAUUAUAUGAAAUCACAAUCAUCAAUGCCACCUCAUUGUGUGCAAUAUUGCGGUUGCAAAGGGCCACUUGGCUGCAACAUCAGGUAGGCUAUAAUAUUCCAAGGGCUGUGCAUUAAAACUUGGCUUUCCAAUAAUGUUUUUGAUCACUUGGAUGGGCUUUCGCUUUUUAUUAUGUCCACAUCUGAUAUAGAUUUGUAGCGAUGAAGAUGACAGAGCUCAGGAGGAGACAUUGUGAUGAUAGAUGGUGAAAGGAAGAGAGUUAAGAGCAAAAUAAAGGUUGAUCUUCAUCAAUAUUGUGAUAUUUAACAAUAUCAUUGCAGUUUCAUGUUUUUAUAAUAUUGUGCAGCUCCAAUCUAAACUGCACAAAGUCUGCACAUUAAUGGAUGCAGAGGGUCAAAAUGUUUCCAUAAGCACAGACUACCUGUCACACUUCAGAGUUCAUUCAUCAGCUUCAAAACAUUCUCUUUUCUCUUUACGGUCGACUCAUCAUUGACCUCUGGGUGUUGUCUCUUUGGGUGCUUAGCAUGGAUGGCGUUUGUGCUGCUGUGGUUCAUCAUGAAAACUUAGAGGUUCUGAAAUUAACAUCAUUUUAAGGCAAUACAAGUGUUUAAUCAUACCAGCCCUCUCUGUGUGUGGAGUGAUUCAAAAUGCAGUGAUUCCAAAAUCUGAAUAAUUUGGGGGAAUUCUGCAUUAAUUCCCCCAAAACUUACAUGUUUUAUCUUAAGUUCAAUUAAGGUCAUCAGCUUUAAUUAACGUCAUUAGUCAGCAGAUUGGAAAGUUGUUUUUUAACAAUUCCAGCUGGUUUUCAGCCAGCCUGCAAAUAAUGCUGGAUUUUGCAUGUUUUUCUUUUUACUAACUAGAAAUUGCCCAUAAAUAUGACCUAAAGGAGUAAGAAAUGUGGCUUUAUUAGGAGGCUGUUAGUGUGGAUGUAGCCUAACCUGUAUUUUGUGCAGCAAGUAAGAUUUUAACAAUAAAUUUAAAGUAGAAAUACAACAAAAGAUGAACUGUGAAAGUUCUGCCAUCAUGUCCCAUAUGAGUUAUUUUUAAUUAAUAUUUGCUCCCCAGAAUGAAAUCUGUGCACACAGUGUGAAGGUGAUUAUCAUUCGGCCAUUUAAGGCAAAUACUUUGCUUCCUUAAAGCGUGUCUACGCUCUAGUGACUAAUAUAUUCAGUGUAGCAUUUCGAUCUGUGAUAAAGACAUAUUUCUAUGUUUGAGAAAAAAUUUGUAUUUAUUUCUGUAUGGCGAAAAUCUUAAUUUAUUUUCGACAUAAAUUUUAAAAGUAGAGUUUUAGAUGAUACGGUUUUCAUUCCUGGUUCAUCCUCUCUUCUUUCUUGUUGCACUGUGUAAAAUCUGGGUGAGUCAUUUGCCAAAGCAUUACUGUGUUUGAGUUGCAGUUAAGGUUUUGUGUUGAAAUGCUAAAGUUAGAGGAUGUACCUGCGGGACCAAGAUGCACGUGGGCUUCUCAGAUGAAAAGCGUUGCCUCUUGAUUAUUUUUGCACCAACCUCAUCAUUUGCCUCUACCCUUGAGCCUGCCGCCUUAUUCCUAGCCUUUUAUUUAGGAACAUGCGUUCAUCUUUACCUGGGUUAUUAAAGCUGCAAGUGUUGUUUGCUGAUUGCUUACAGUAGAUUUCAGUGUUCUGUACAAAUGUAGCACCAUCAUUUAUUUAAAAAUAUAUCUAGGUCAAAUUUUAGAGUUUUACUAAAGCAAUAAUCAACAAAAUGAAAAAUACUGUACUUUGCUUAAGUAUUCACAGCUCCUUAAUUUCUUUGACAUUUUGAUACAUUAUUAUUCCAUAUAUUAUAUAGGGCUUGUGAACAUCAAGUCCUUUGAAGUCUUGCAACAGAUGUUCAAUUGGGUUUGGGCCUUGACUUUGACUAGGCCAUUCCAACACAUCUAAACCAGUCCAUUAUAGCUCUGGUUGUAUGUUUAGGGUCGUAAUCCUGAUGUAAGGUGAACUUCCACCUCAGCUUCAAGACUUUAGCAGCCUCUAUCAGGUUUUCUUCCAGGAUUAUCUUGUGUUUAUCUCGUUCCAUCUUUGCAUCAAAUUUGACCAGCUUAACUGUCCCUGCAGAACAAAAGCUUCCACUUAGCAUGACGCUGCCACCACCAUGUUCAACCAUGGAAAUCCAUGCUGGCUCCUCCAGGGAUAUCAUGGGCCGCUUAGCAGUUUCUCUCCUUAGUUACCUGGGUGGACAGGAUGAUGGAAACCCAUGUAUCAUUGUCCUUCCACUUCACAAUUAUGCACCACUUUGUGUUUGUAUUUCACAUAAUACAUUAAAAUACAUUGAGGUUUGCGGUUGUAAUGUGGCAAUAUGUAGAAAGGUCCAUGGGGUGUGAAUACUUAUGCACAUUAGUGUUCUAAACCUGUGUCCUAAACUCUGUUUUGGCUCAAAUAUGUCAUAGUUUGCAGGUCCCAUGCAAACAUUUCUUAAAUGUAUUCAUUCUGUUAAUUCAUUAGUAUUAAGACAUACAUGUUUCUAGAUUGACUGAUCAUAAUACAUCAUAGUUGCCAUUUAACCAACACUAGACAUGAGUAAACUUUAGCAGAUGGGGUCAAAUUAGGAAAAACAAAUUAACCUUGACAUCAAAUUGUGUACGUUUGUGGCAUUUACGAAUUAUAGCAAAGUUAAGGGGUUAUUUCCCCGCACAUGCAAGCCAAUAAAAGUACAUCCAUUUUUUUUUCUCAUUUAUUCAGUGUGCCUGGUUACAGUGGCCAUCUUGGAUUUGUCAGCUUUAAAGAGUUGUGAGACAUUUCUGAGCAGAUUUAAAUUUAGCACCCCUCGAUACUCUUAAAAAUCUCCGAAAAUGAAUGCAAUUUGCAUUCAAGCACCUAAAGUAAGCACCUUUUCAGAAAUGCUGCCUGGUGUAGAGGCCAUAGCUCAUGGCACAAAAAUGAUUUAGAAUAGAAACAAGUCUCAGAAGAAGGUUAUGGGAUGUCAUAGAGUUGCACGUAUUUCAGGUUAUAUCUAAUAAAUAGGCAGUCAGCAAAUACCAAAAGGCUGGCAUUACCACUUCAGAGUCCAGAGAAGCUUAUGAAACAGAGCCAGAAUACAUCUGAAUCUUCUGACACUUUCUAGCAAUGGUUGUGAAUGAUCUCACUCAUAUCUGCUCUUCUCGCUCUUCUCGUAAUCGCUUACAUGUCAGUUGUAGAAGUCCGGGGUUUCAGGGUAAAAUGCUGACCACUCUUACCAUCUCUCCAUUAACAAACCUCCCGUCUUCUGCCUUCAGUAUGCGUACAUCCUGAAGGUCUGACCCAGUACAGCAUCUAAGUCCCUAACAAAUCAGUCCAAAUGUAUUUGUAAAAAACAUGAGGGUCAUACAAUCAGUGCAGUCCAUGUAUAUGAGACAAAUCCCAUCCUGCAUCAACCGGAUGCAUGACAGUAAUGCAGGUGCAUCCCAACAAAUAAGAAAAUAAAUGUGAAGUUCAUCCAAUAAUUUAUUUACACCCUGCUUGCAAGCACCUACUUUCUUGAAAGCUGUUAAUUUGUGUGGAUUUUAAAAGUGUUGUCAUAUAUUUCCUACAAUCUAAGGGAAAAAAUGGUUUCACUGCAAUUGAUCAAUGUUUUUCCCUGAACCUUCCCCUAAUUAACAGCUUAAUUUUUAUUCAUUCGGUUAUUCAGACUCCAAUUUAAAGGUAUUGUUGAGAUUAUUUUUGAGCGGGGUUCUGUUGAGAGAUGAUGAAAGGUCAGUAGCUUACCUGCAGCAGAUAACUCCCUUAGCUUCUUCUCUUUGAAUGAGUACAGUUUAGUUUUUUCUCAGAAGCUGAACAUAUUUACACUGAACAUUGAAGUGGUCUCUAACAUUAACCUUCUCGUGUGAAACACCUGAAACAAACAUUUUAAGUGUUUGUUACCAUACUAACGAUCUGAAGGGGAAAUACGGCAGAAUCCAUAUUUCAUCUUUCAGUUGCUGCAAAAACUCUGUUUUUACAGCUUAUUACUUCCAUUAUUAAAAGGAAUUUAAAAGCUUAACACAGAUGGUGUCUGAAGCCAGUGGUUCUGAAGCCAACACACCGAAAUGACACGAAGCAGUCUCACAGAUCAUAAAGACACAUUUGAUUCACUCUGAACAUCUGUAACAUGGAAGUAUGAGAUAUUUUCUGUCUUACAUGGCCCUCUGUGCCUGUUUCCAUUAACUGUUCCUAUUCCAAGAGUUUACUGAGGAGAAGGAUGUGUUGUCUGAGUAGUUUCCCAAAUGCCUUCUGUUUGUUUAAAGAUGCUGAUCUGAUCGUGAAUCAAAGAAAUGUUUGCACCAAAUAAAGACAAGAAUUUAACUCAUUCCCAGGUGUAGAAAUACCUGAAUGUUAGUCCUAGUGUGAAUCUUCCUUUGUAUUCUUUGCAUGGAAAUAUCUUGGAAAUAUUAAUCACAACACAGAUUAUUUGUAUGAAUUUAAAUGGACUUCUGUAACAUUAGAUAUAAGAUAUUGUAAUAAAUAAUAUAUGACUUCAAA